AAGUAGGUAGUGUACCAUUCUCUCGUCGGACGAAUAUCAGCCUUAUAUCCGUGUUGUUAAAGCACAAACAACUUGAUUAUCAUAAACAACACUAACUCGUCAUUUUUAUUUUAUCAUACGUUCGAGCACAAUUAUUAAAACUUUUAACUUGAAAAUGAGGAAGUUGCUAAAGUGAUCGAAUAGAUUCACGUGUCGAUUACUGUUAUUUUCGCUUUAUUUAUGAGAAAACUUUUUUAAUUAACUUUAACGCUCCAAUGCUUUUUUUUCCAUGUCAGGAUGUCCUCGUCUCGUGAUACACACGCUUUUUACUGCUUCGCAUUUCGAAGCUUAACCGAAAGCUCGGUUAAGACCAAUUUAAUUUGUUCCCUUAAAUAUGCAUUUGAAUUAAUCUUCGACCGUUAACAAUUAACCGCACUUGCUAUCUCUUAUCACUCGCCGAUAAACAAUUUGGUAAUCUUUCAGUCAUGAAACGUCACAAAAGGAUGUUGAUUCUUUCUGAGCUUUCCGCAGCCACAAGGCUUAAAUCCGGCAAUGUCAAAUAACAGUUCUGUAAUGUCACUCGRUCAUAAACAAAUAAAUCACAUAACAAGAACGAAAGUAACUCUCUUGCCUCUAGCACUAAGAUUUUUGYAUUAUUAAUAAACUUCCACUUUCUUCAAGUCACAAAAAUAUGACCAUUUUAAAACAAAGUUGUUGGAACAUAUUUUAAAUAAAAAUAAAAAAGUGACAAGUUUAGUUUCUAAUAAUAUAUCUGCGUAAGGCUUAAUCACAAUGUUUAUUUACUUAAAUGGGGAAAAACAUUCAUUCCUAUCAAAAUCCUGAAAGAGGUAGCAAUUUAUGAGAUAAGGCUUAUGUAAACUAAACUGCAUUUGAAUGUCAAGUAAAGAGGUACGAUAUGAGAUUAUUUAUUGAACGAAACACAAAUUUUCACACAAUUGGAAAACUUGUUUUGUUGGUGAUUAUCUAAGCAUUUGAUCGGGUUGUUGUAGACACAAAAAGAGAAAAAUGAGAAAAUAGAAAUUCAACCGAGAAGUGGUCACUUAUUUAAACAGUAAUUAAUUUCUCAGGAAAAUGAACAUGGAUUUUGCAUUACAAUUUGAAAAAAAACUUGUAGUAGAGUGCCGAACCUACCUGGUACAUAAAUCCAUUAAAUGGUCUUAAAUUGCCCGAAAUAAACUCGUAACUUGUGGGAGAAAGUCACAAACAUGCCAAGUUAUCUUAUGUAAAUUUCAAGGGGUUGUAAAACAUGAGAUUUGUAAAGUUUAAGCUAUAAUAAGCUUGGAAUAACUAAUCAAAAUUAAUUAUGUAACAUACACUGCUACUAAGCCACAGUCUUAUAUGGAUGAGAAAGAUAAAUUGAACCAAUGUUCCGAGUGCCCACAAUUAAAUAUGUCUACUGUAGAAGCAGCAGAUUCGAAAGAAAGCGAUACCGGUGAGACAAUCCAGGAAGAUUCGGAAAGGAUGGGCUCUAAGCAGUCGUUGCCCAAGCCUGACGAUGUAGAAGUGAUCCCGAACCCCGUUAAUUUGUUAAGCGAAGAAAUUUCGAAUAUUGUUGAACCUGUUAAAAUUUUUGUUGAAACGCCUUCGAGUACAAAUAGCAAAGACUUGAACAGUGAACGUGAUGAUUCUAAAGUAGAUUUCACGGAGCCACAAUCAAACGAAGCAAUAGACAGCAAGAAAUAUAGCGAAUUGGAUGAAAGACUCGAUACGGAAUUGCCGAAUUUGUUGACUGUUAACGACGGGGAAGACUCCGCGACGGAAAGUCUGCCCCCGACUGAAGAACUGACGGAAGAACCCCACGAUCGAUCCGAUGGAUCCGAUUCGGGCCUAGGGUCGGAGCUGAACGAAGAAAGACCUGAAACUAUGGCCACGGCUGUUAAUUUAGGAGAAAGCGACAGCGAAACCUCCUUCUUAGACAGACUUAACGGCACACAAAGUGCAGCUCCUAAUUUCGAAGACUUCAACCAGAAGGAACAAGACUUUACUUUACCCUCCACGAGUUUAGAUCAUGUCGCAAAAGACGAUGACGCCAAACAAGGUAAUAACACUAUCGAAGAGAUUCGGGAUAUCCUCGAUAGUGCCCAACCUAAAAAAGCAGCUUUGAAGAGUAGUCUCAAACGAAAGCUGCCAAGGGAGGAGGAGGAGGAGGAGGAGGAGGAAGAAGAAGGGCAGCCGAAAUGUAAGAAAAAACGAGGAAUUUCGUUCGAUAGUGUGACAGUAUUUUAUUUUCCUCGAGCGCAAGGUUUUACUUGCAUCCCUUCGCAAGGAGGUUCCACUUUGGGCAUGGGAGCCCAACAUUCGUACGUAAGGAAAUUUACGAUAGGAGAACACGCCAACGAACAACGUAGAAUACAUCGACAACUUUUGCAACAACUAAGAUCUGAGAGACAUUCGACUGGGAGUAACGGAGGGGCGUCUUCGAGUGAUGAGAGUGACAGCGAGGAGGAACCCAGUGAUGCAUCCGAGUCGGAAAUGGAUUUGGACAAUUAUUAUUUUUUGCAACCCGUGUCUAUAAGACAAAGACGAGCCCUGUUGCGGGCAUCCGGUGUUCGAAAAAUAGACUCUCUCGAAAAAGACGAGUGCCGUGAUAUUAGGACUUCGCGAGAAUUCUGUGGUUGUGGCUGUAAAGGAUACUGUGAUCCAGAUACUUGUUCGUGCAGUCAGGCUGGCAUAAAAUGCCAAGUUGACCGUUUAAACUUUCCUUGUGGCUGUUCUCGAGAUAGCUGCGGAAAUUCCAGCGGCCGAAUCGAAUUCAACCCCGUCAGGGUCCGCACACACUUCAUCCACACCCUAAUGCGUCUUGAACUCGAGAAAAAACAAGAGAAGGAGGAAGAAAUGAAAGCGGAGAAGAAAGACACCAACUGGAUGGAAAACGAAAGGCUGAACGUAGGCUACCCGAAACAAGAUACCGCUCAAUCGAAAAAUGGCACCAAGUACAGCAACGGCAACUUGUUGAGAGACAAUCGUGACGUGGAGAAUUGUGUGCACGACGGCAGCUUCACCAACCUGCAUUACGGGGCCCCAGGGGAGGGUCCCGGCCUGCCCCACAACCCUCCGGGCUUCAGCGACCUGCCUGCGCGCGAGGAUUCCCUAGAUUUGUACACGUUUAGGGAAGAUUGGUAUGGUGAUGACGCAACUCGGGACGGUCCCGUGGCCGAAAGAAAUAAACAGCAGCACCCCCACCAGCCCUUCCCCCCUUCGUCGCAAGGGUUCCAUUUCCCCGACCCUCGGUUUUCUGAUGUCGGUUUCCCAGCCAGUGCUUCCCCUUACCCUCCGCCAUCCAAUCAAUACACGCAGCCGUACCAGUCCAACUUCGCCGACUUCACCCCCGUCUUCAAUCCGUACGGAGGGGGAAUUUACAGCCCGGAGUUUGGAGCGAAACCCCUGGAAGGAAAUUUUCAGCAAAAUGCGAACGGCUACGAGCAGUUCGCUAACGACAAUUUUUCCUCCGACGCCAAGGAGAACCAAUACACUAGCUUAAAUCCGGUCGGGGCCAACAAUAAAAUCGAAUCUUUCUCGGAUUUACUCCACGGACGGUACAAUUAUCCAGGAUACGAAGACACGAACAAUUUUAACUGUUUGAAUCCGUCUGAUGUUCCCGCCAGUAAUAAUCCCGAGAGGGGCCAAAAGUGCGAAAACACGACCAAUGGCAAUACCAAUUCAGAUGACUGUAACGACAAUUUCGGAGAGAUUAUUAAGAAGUCGAUGGUAGAAACGACGUCUGCUUAAGCUAAUCAAUAAUAACAUUAAUAAUUCAAAUUAUUACGUUCCAUAUUAUUACUUUGUUAUUAUUAUUAUUAUUAUAUUAUAAAAUGUAAAUGAGAUUUAUAUAUAAAAUGUAGAAAGAAUAUUAGACAAA